GAAAAACUCAAACUCUCAGGGGUCAAACAACACAUCCAAAAAAUCGAAUAGCAUUUCGAAUGAAAACAACAACGCAAAAGAAACCAACACGAGCAAAACGACAAAUAGUUCUGAUGCAAACUGUCUAAAUUCGACCGAGCUAAGCAAUAACGGGAGUUGGGCAAAUGGGAACGGAACUCAGUGUUCGAAAUCUACGACUACGAAGGAGCCCAGUAAAAUUUCGAAGAUAGAAGCAAAAAGCAAGGGCUUUUUUGAGUCGCUCAUAACACCGCCCUGGUUAUAUGUUUGGGCUGGGGUUCUGGCUCUGAUUAUAGCCCUAGUUUUACUGUACUGCUGUUAUAGAUUGUAUCUGAGAUUGAAAAGCAACAAAAAACGAGACAUGUAUCAAGAAAUAGCGAGCAAAACGAAACGAGAAACACUAGGCAAAGUUGAUCUAAUUUUGGACUAUGAUUACACACAAGCAAGGCUCGGAGUUGAAGUUCUGCAGCUUCGUGAUUUGAAAUUCGGUCGAAAUCAAGUGGAGGAAAAAGAUCUGGAAGUUUACUGUCGGGUUUACCUGUUGCCAGACAUAAAUAAGUAUCAACAGACUUUGACAAAGAGCAAAAGUUUCAGUCCUACUUUCAAUGAGCAGUUUUAUCUUCGCUGUGUCAUCGACCAGUUAGAUUACAGGAAGGUGUUAGUGAGAGUGUACCGUCACUUCAAGUUCGUGCGGGAUGCCCCCAUCGGAGACGCCGUCCUCUCCCUCUCCAAAACAGACCUUCAGUUAGGAUUCUCAUCCAUACCCAUUCUAGCCCACAACCCCUCGCUAGACGACCCGUUGGGUGAGAUAAGCGUCACUCUACGGUACAAUGCCAACACUCAGAAACUGGGCGUGACCAUAAUCGAGUGCAAGGACUUGAAGCCCAGCUUCGGGGGAUCAACGGACCCCUAUGUAAAGUUGACGAUGAAGAUGGGCAACAAGAUUGUGAGGAAAGACAAGUCAGACGAACUGAAGAAGACGAGGAGUCCCUACUUCAACGAGGUCUUCUCUUAUAAGAUCCCCCCCAACAAAAUGGGACUGGUCGAUCUUCUCAUUCAGGUCAAAAACCGAGACUUGUUCGGGUCCAGUCACGAGAUAGGGGCGGUGAGGUUUGGGGUGGAGCCGGACAGUGAGAAGGCGGAGAGACAGUGGGAGGCGAUGAUCACACACCUGCGCAAGCCACAGACACAGUGGCACUACCUGCUACCCUCCCAGAAUUAGAACAUAUGAACAAAGAAGAGAAAAUGAGGAAAACAUUUUAAAGUUAUAUAGGAGCUAGUUAGUCAGCAACUCAUUCAUAGCUACGAUAGAAGCAUACGCUUUUUGCAAAAUGUGAACAAGGAGAUCAGCUAUUGGACUUAAAAAUUUGAAUCUUGCAAACAGCGAAAUUUUGUAAAUGAAAUUUUGAAUAAGGUUGUAAAUGAAAAAAUGAAUUGAUUUUUAUAAAU